UCAAAACAAAGAUGGCGGUUUCAGCCGCUGUGUUUUUGUCCACUUCAAACCUAUUAUGUUUGUUUCUCUUGUCUACUGCCGGAACUACACACGGAAAUAUAACAAGCUACAACUUUAAUACGACAUAUGGUGACCAGAACUUAACAUUUAAUGUUACGGACAACUAUACAACCACACAGCCGACAGAGUUUGACUCGACAACCCCAACAACAUCGAGCUACAGCAGUACUGUUCAGCCGACAUCGCCCGCUGAACCUCUGCCCGUCACCGGCCGCCUGCUCCCUCCUGUGACUGAAGUCGGCAGCCUGUGUCCCUGUGACAUACACAAGGAUGUGUGUGACAUCAACUGCUGCUGUGAUAGAGCAUGUAGUGAGGAGGUGGCUCUGUUUACCGGCUGCUUAGUGGACUCUGUCAGUGGCAAAAAGCAGCUGUGCAGCAUUGAUGUAGCAACUUACUCUUUAGGGAGAACUGUUGAUGGCUUCUCAGAACUACAGUCAUCUGUCCAGAACAAAACUAAUUAUGACGUCUUCUGCAUUCAGUCACAGAACCGUGUUGAUGGAUUAUCUCACCCUUCACCUGCUCUUCCAACUGACAGCAACUUUGACUCACUCUUUAAGGAAUUCACCAGCUUUAUUUUUGGCUCAGAGGAGAACGGUGGUCUGGUGACCCCUGCACAGCUCCAGUCCUUGUCUGGAUACCAGUGUGGGGAUGUGAUGGUGACAGCAGGAGAGAGUGGACAAAGAGGGAUGUUCUGGCUGCCAGCUCCUUGUAUCACUGCUGACUGUAUGGACACCAGUCCUGCAGCGUUUCUAAAGGAUCAGAGCAGUUGGUGUUCUCGGCGUGUAGUCCUGCAGCAGGACUGUGGAUCUCUGCCCGCUCUCAGCAUGAACACCUACACCGACAUCUGGAUCUUUGCAGGGAAGACUCAAGAUGCUGCACUUGUUCCUGUGGAGGUGGCUUCAGUCGUCCUGCAGUCUGUCGAUGGGACUCAGACAGAGCUGAAGGUCAGUGGAGGAGAAAACCUCAACCCUGUUCACCUGAACCCGACCUUCUGUGCUAAUGUGGUGCUGAAGGUUGCUUAUGUGACUAAGUACAACCCAGCUGGUGAGAUAGUGAAUGUGACGGUGUCUUUGGUACUUGGAUUCGUCCGUAAAGCAGCACUACGCCUGGAACAGGAGUUUCACAUCACAUUUGUCCAGGAGAAUGGGGAGGAGGCGGCUGUCCACUACAGUGGAAAUCCAGGUUAUGUGGUUGGACUACCUCUUGUUUCUGGAACAAGAACAGCAGAAGGGAUUGCUCGAAGCGUCAACCCUCGAGACACAGUAUCUCUUCUCCAUAGUGCUGAGGACCAGGACUGUCUGCAGGGACCUCAUCAACGCUCCCCUGUCUUGUUCGGCCUGGACUCUGUGUCUGGCUGCGCAUUAAGACUGGAAGAUGCUGUCAACUGCUCCUUGGUCCUUCAGGUGCUUUUGGAUGUUCUGAGAGGACCCCAUGCAAUGUUUGUGGCAUCUUUUGGAAACUCCCCGCUAGACUAUCCAUUGGACUGGGUGCCAAUUGAGAGCACCUUCAAUCCUGGGGAAGCACAGAGGUGCAGCAUCCCACUGUCGCUUCACAUAGAAAUUGAAUGGACUAAAUAUGGAUCGUUGGUCAACCCUCAAGCUCAGAUAGUGAGCAUCAAAGAAGUAAUCCAAACCAACACCACCAGUUUGGACAAGUUGUCUGGAGGAAGCAGCCUCCUUUCAAUCAGGAGCUCAGUGGCCUUCGUACCAGUUUCUACUGCUGCUCUUCCUGGUUACAGAGCCAUGCCCACCAUCAACGCCAAACUCCCCUUUGACUUCUUCUUCCCUUUUGUUUGAACACAGAACACACAUGGAAAAAGGAAAGAGUUCAUGUGGAAUCUUCUUUUUUGUCCGAGCUGUCUAGAAGGACCUGACGUUCCCCUUUUUCCGAACAGUACAUGUACUUUGUCUCAACAGUCCAUUUUAAUUCCUCUCACUAGUAUAUAACAUUUACUAUAUACCCUAUGUGUUCCUGUAUAGUGUGUGAAUAAUGUAAAUAUAAUUUAGUUUGUAAAAAAUAAUAAAG